GGCCCGACCUCCUCCAUCCUCUCCAGCCCCGUGGCCGCAACUCGGGGUCUGGACUCUGAUGCCACCGGCCGGGCGGAUAUGGAGGCGGCGCGCUGCGCACCGGGACCUCGCGCGAACAGUGCUUUUGAAGAUGAGACACUAAGGCUUCGGCAGUUGAAGCUGGACAAUCAGAGGGCGCUGCUGGAGAAGAAGCAGAGAAAGAAGCGCCUUGAGCCACUUAUGGUACAACCAAACCCAGAAGCCAGGCUGCGGCGGGUAAAGCCCAGAGGCAGCGAGGAGCACACGCCUUUGGUGGACCCUCAGACGCCUCGCAGCGACGUCAUCCUACAUGGCAUCGAUGGGCCAGCUGCUUUCCUUAAGCCAGAGGCUCCGGAUUUGGAAAGCAAGCCUCAGGUUCUCUCAGUGGGCUCCCCAGCUCCGGAAGAGGCCACCGACGGAAGUACAGGUGGGGAAAGCCCUCCAGUGGAGACCGCCUCCAAGCCAGACCUCCAGGAGAUUCUCCAAAAACACGGCAUCUUGGGUAGCGUGAACUAUGACGAGGAGACCGACAAUGAGGCAGAGGAAGGGGACAGUCUCAGCUCCCCAUCAGCUCAUUCGGAAAAAGAGAGUUCUGUGGCCAGCCAGAAAGCAGCCUCGGAGACGGGAGCUGCUGGUGUCACAGCCCAGCAAAGUGAUGCCCAGCUUGGAGAAGUGGAGAAUUUAGAGGACUUCGCAUACAGCCCUGCCCCGCGGGGUGUCACGGUGAAGUGUCGAGUAACCCGGGAUAAGAAAGGCAUGGACCGCGGCCUCUUCCCCACCUACUACAUGCACCUGGAGAAGGAGGAGAACCGGAAGAUAUUUCUUCUUGCUGGUAGGAAGCGGAAAAAGAGCAAAACCUCCAACUACCUGAUCUCCACAGACCCAACAGACUUGUCUCGUGAUGGGGAAAGUUACAUCGGCAAAUUAAGAUCCAAUCUCAUGGGGACCAAGUUCACAGUGUAUGACCAUGGUGUCAACCCAGUCAAGGCCCAGGGUCUGGUGGAAAAGGCUCACACCCGGCAGGAGCUGGCCGCCAUCUGCUAUGAAACAAACGUACUGGGUUUUAAAGGUCCUAGGAAAAUGUCUGUGAUCAUUCCGGGGAUGAAUAUGAAUCAUGAACGCAUCCCAUUUCGGCCACGAAAUGAGCACGAGAGCUUGCUUUCAAAGUGGCAGAACAAAUCCAUGGAGAACCUGAUUGAACUGCACAACAAGGCCCCAGUUUGGAGUGAUGACACCCAGUCCUAUGUCCUCAACUUCCAUGGCAGGGUCACUCAGGCAUCAGUGAAGAACUUUCAGAUAGUCCACGGAAAUGACCCCGACUACAUCGUCAUGCAGUUUGGACGCGUGGCUGAUGACGUGUUCACACUGGACUAUAACUACCCACUGUGUGCUCUGCAAGCCUUCGCCAUCGGGCUGUCCAGCUUCGACAGCAAGCUGGCAUGUGAAUGAGAACCGAGAAGUAGGGGGCGUCCUCACCGCAGAGCCUUCAGCAGGGGCAGAGAGCGGCUGGUCCUGAUCUGCCCCAGCAUAAAGAGAGCAAGAUUCUGCCCCUCUCGGGGUUGAUCGAGUGUGUGUGUGUGUGUAGUGUGUGCGUGUGUGUUCAAACAUGCAUAUACGUAUACACGUGGAUGCACACUUGUUCACGCCUUCUCUGAGCUUCAGAGACCAGGUCAUAGAUCACAGCUUCACGUGGGUGAGAGAUGACUUAAAGCACAGGGAGGCGGUACCUGGGCACACUGGUGACUCCUGACUGCACACAGAUUCUCUGUGGGGUGCAGCCUCCCUGCGCUCAGGCACUUCCAACAGAAUCAGGUUCUAAUAGUUGGGCCUCCUGUGUUGAAGACCCUUUAGCCUCUAAGACAGGAGCCUGCAGACUUUCUCAGCCAAUGGUCUGAUAGUGUCUCUUACACUGUCUCCAGCUAGCCUCUUGGUUUUUGGUUUUUUUGUUUUUGUUUUUUGAGACAGGGUUUCUCUGUAGCUUUGGUGCCUGGUCUGGAACUAGCUCUUGUAAACCAGGCUGGCCCCAAAUUCACAGAGAUCCACCUGCUUCUGCCUCCCAAGUGCUGGGAUUCAAGGUGUGCGCCACCACCGCCUGGCCCAUCUUUAGCACAAAAACAGCCAUAAGCAGUUGGUGCAUAAAGAGUGACUGUGUCCCAAUAAAACUUUCUUUACUAAGUGGGCAUUGACCUAGUUUGACCUGGGACUCUGGUUCGCUAGCCUGCCUCGGUGUGGCCCUGUACUCUGAGGCUGAAGCAUCUCCUAGAAUGUAAGUAGAGAAGGGAGCACAUCUCCUAGAAUGUAAGUAGAAAAGGGAGCACAGUUUGCUUUUCAGGAGCAGAAGACUGACUAGUUUUGUUUUGUCUUUCCCAAGACAGGGUUUCUCUGUGUAACAGCCUUGGAUGUCCUGGAACUCACUUUGUAGACCAGGCUGACCUUGAACUCGCAUAGAUCAACCUGCCUCUGCCUCCUGAGUGCUGGGAUUAAAAGCGUGCGCCACCACCGCCUGGCAACAGAUUGACUCUUAAGAGGUACUUGGCCGAGUCUACUAUUGGUCACUUUUACCUCACGGUGAUGAUGACUAUAGAGUCAUCUGCCAUCAGGGCCGGGGACCCUCAAGUUGGUGUCGUAUUUUCUUUUUCUGGGUCAGGUGGCACUAGCUUGUCCCUGGGGUCUGGGAAGGCUCUCACGUUCUAGCCCCUCUCUUCCGUGUCCAGGGUGGUGGCCGCGAUCUCAGCAGACCGCCUCACUGACACUCCACAGGCCUUGCGGUCGGCUUUGUCCUCUGGCCCCUUAGUGCAGGCCCUCCUGGGCUCACGAGGCUUCCAGAUCAUGAACACUUUG